AUGAACUCCUUGCCUAACCAUCCACCGGGUGGUAUCAACAAGGAAAAACUGCAAAGCCUUGUUCAGCGCGUUCGAUUUCUUCAAUCGCAAGGUGCCAAAGAAGACAACAAUCCAGAGUAUGCUCAGAUAAUGCAAUUCUUGAAAGGCCUGCAAAAGCAACAGCAAACGCGUCCUGGUAUGCCUGAUCAGAUAGUAUCUUCCAACUCAUCUCCAUCCAUUGCUUCACCCAUUGCAAAUGGCCUCAAUCCUGAUAUGCCAUCUGCUUUUUCUCAACAGCAGCUAGCUGCUUUGAAAUAUCAAAUCUUGGCUUACAAGCUCAUCUCCAAGAAUUUAGUACUGCCACCUAACCUUCAACAAGCUGUAUUGUCACCUACUUCAGCUUUGAUGGAACCUCCCACCGUGGGACAACAGCAACCCACUCAACAAAUGACUCCACCCGUCAUUCCAUCGUUGUCUUCGCCUGCUAAUGCAAUUACACCUGCUGCAACUACAGCCCCCGUAUCAGCCAACGUCACCGCCACUGUGCCUUUAGCAACAGCAGCAGCAGCAGUAGCAGGAGGAGGAGGAGGAGGGGGUGUCGUAGCAGAGGCAGCAGCAAAAAUCGAGUACAACGCUUAUGCAUCACCUUACGAUUUAUUGAAGAAACCCAUUACGUCGUUUUCUCAUGCUUCGCGUCAACAACGUUUGCUGAUUCCCAGUAUUACACCCGCUGGUGUAGAUCCCUAUGCCAUCAUUUCUGAACGUGAGCGUCGUAUGUUCAACCGCAUCCAAUAUCGCAUAACCGAACUCGAAAAAUUGCCGAGCAAUCUCAGUGACACAACACAAGUACUGGAACAGGAUAUUCGUCAACAGAAUGGAUCCAUCAAACUCAAAGCCAUUGUGGAACUGAAGGCAUUGCGUUUGUUGGGCAAACAAAAGCAACUGAGAGAGGAGAUCAUGGCUGGCAUGAAGCGUUCCACCACCUUGGCUUCUUCCGCUGACCGUUUAGCUUAUCGUCGCAUGAAAAAGCAAUCCUUGCGUGAAGCUCGUAUGACUGAAAAGAUCGAGCGUCAGCAACGUACUGACCGUGAGCACCGUGAAAAGCAGAAGCAUUUGGACUACUUGCAAACUAUUUGUGAUCAUGGCCGUAGCUUGACCAUUGCCCAAGCCAACUACAGAUCCAAGCAGAUGAAGUUGGGAAGAGCUGUAUUGCAAUACCACCAACACAUUGAAAAGGAGGAGCAGAAGCGUGCUGAGCGUAUUUCAAGAGAGCGUAUUCGUGCUUUGAAGAAUGACGAUGAAGAAGCCUAUAUGAAGUUGAUCGACGAAGCCAAGGAUACUCGUUUGACACAGCUGUUGAAGCAAACCGGCUCCUUCUUGGACUCAUUGACCAAGGCUGUUCAAGAGCAACAAAACGACAGCAUGUACAGAACUGACAUCAAUUUGGACGACGACGAUGAUGAUAUGACAGCAAGCGAUCCUGACGCAAAGAACGACUACUUCCAAGUAACUCAUCGUAUCAAGGAGGAGGUUGUCCAGCCUGAUAUCUUGGUGGGCGGCAGAUUAAAGGAUUACCAACUCAAGGGUCUCCAAUGGAUGGUGUCUCUCUACAACAAUCAUUUGAACGGUAUCCUGGCUGAUGAAAUGGGUUUGGGUAAAACGAUUCAGACCAUCAGUUUGAUCACCUAUUUGAUUGAGAAGAAGAGACAGAAUGGACCUUAUCUUAUUAUUGUGCCUUUAUCCACUCUCACUAACUGGACAUUGGAAUUCGAGAAAUGGGCACCUGCCAUCAAGACUAUCAUCUAUAAGGGCCCUCCUAAUACUCGUAAAGAGCUUCAAAAUGAAAUCCGUUACAAUGACUUCCAGGUUCUCCUUACCACCUUUGAGUACAUUAUCAAGGACAGACCUAUUCUCAGUAAGGUCAAGUGGUUGCACAUGAUUGUAGAUGAGGGUCAUCGUAUGAAGAAUACCAACUCCAAGUUGACUGUUGUGCUUAGACAAUACUAUCAUACAAAGUACAGACUCAUUUUGACGGGUACCCCAUUGCAGAACAACUUGCCUGAAUUGUGGGCCUUGCUUAAUUUCGUCUUGCCCAAGAUCUUUAAGAGUGUCAAGAGUUUUGAAGAAUGGUUCAACACGCCCUUCAACACACAGGGUGUCAAUGACAAGAUUGGCCUAAACGAAGAAGAACAACUAUUGAUUAUCAAACGUCUGCACAAGGUGUUGCGUCCUUUCUUGCUGAGACGUUUGAAGCGUGAUGUCGAAUCCGAACUGCCAGACAAGGUGGAGCGUGUCAUCAAGUGCAAAUUGUCGUCAUUGCAAACACAUUUAUAUACUCAAAUGAAACGCAACGGUACCCUCUACACCUCGGAAGUCGUCAAGGGCAAAUCUGGCGUCAAGGGCCUCAACAACACCAUUAUGCAGCUGCGUAAGAUUUGCAACCAUCCCUUUGUUUUCGAGGAAGUCGAGUCUUUGGUGAAUCCCAGUGGCAUGUCAAAUGAUCUACUCUUCCGUACUUCGGGCAAAUUCGAGCUCUUGGAUCGUAUGUUACCUAAAUUGCAACAGACAGGUCAUCGGGUGCUUAUCUUCUUCCAAAUGACACAAGUCAUGAGUAUCAUGGAGGAUUUCCUCAAUUACAAGGGCUUCAGCUACUUGCGUUUGGAUGGUUCCACCAAAGCAGACGAUCGUUCCGAGCUAUUGCGCCUGUUCAAUGCACCUGAUUCGCCCUACUUUGUCUUCUUGCUCAGUACCCGUGCUGGUGGUCUUGGUCUCAAUUUGCAAACUGCUGACACUGUCAUCAUCUUUGACUCUGAUUGGAAUCCUCAUCAAGAUUUGCAGGCACAGGAUCGUGCACAUCGUAUUGGUCAGACCAAGGAAGUGCGUAUUUUCCGUUUGAUUUCUACCAACUCGGUUGAAGAGAGCAUUCUUGCCCGGGCAAAUUACAAGUUGGACAUUGAUGGCAAGGUCAUUCAAGCUGGUAAAUUCGAUAAUCGCAGUACAGAAGAGGAUCGUGAAGCCUUUUUGAGGUCUCUGUUGGAAGACAAGGCGGACGAAGAGAACGACGGUGAUGACGAAGAUAUUGAUGAUGAGGAGCUGAAUGAAAUCUUGCAGAGAAAUGAAUCUGAUAUCCCCGUGUUCCAUCGUAUUGAUGAUGAAAGAGAAGAGAAUGACCUGCGCAACUGGCAAGCCAUGGGCCGUCGCGGCAAGCCUGAACGUUUGAUUACAGAAAAUGAAUUACCAGAGAUCUACCUGAACGAUGAUCCUAUACCUGACGAUGCUGAUGAUCCACUUUCCUUUGGCCGUGGUCAGCGUAGUCGAGACUCUGUUCGUUAUGACGAUGGUUUAACAGAAGAGCAAUGGCUCAAUGCGUUAGAAGACGACAAUGUGGAUCUGGAUGAACUGAUUGCUAAAAAGGAGAGAAGAAAACAGAAGCGCAUGGCAAGAAUGCUGGGUGAGCCUGAGCCCGUAGAAGAAGUCAAACGGCCUGGACGUCGCAGACGCGAAGAAAGCUACACCCAUGAUGAAUCUGUUGGUAAAAAGAGAGGAAGACCAAAGAAGGGAGAACCGGAGUCUAAACGCAAGCGUGGUAAAAAUGACGAGCUCAACAAACCAGAUACAGUGCCUCCUCAAUUGAGAGAGAACAUGCUGAGAGUCUUCAAGGAAUGCUAUAAGGCCGUUGAAGAGGCAGUGGAAGAAGAUGAAGAGACUUACCGUAGUAGAAGUGAGCUCUUUAUGGAUUUGGUUAGCAAGCGUGAUUACCCUCUCUAUUACACAAUGAUCAAAAACCCGAUAUCUAUGAACAUGAUCAAAAAACGUCUCAAUUCCACUUACUAUAGAACGAUCGCCCACUUUAGAGAUGAUUUCCACCUCAUGUUCAACAAUGCAAGGAUCUUCAAUGAGGAAGGGUCAUUUGUAUAUGAAGACGCCAAUGAGAUGCAGAAAAUUUUUGAUGCUAAAUUAGAAGAACUGUGUCCAGGUGGUGUCUUAACGCUAGCUGCAUCAUCCACACCAUCUCACCAUAACCAACCCACACAAAGAUCAAAACCACAACCACGAUAUCAAGAAGACGACGAUGACGAUGAUUUCGAGGAUGAAGACGAUAAUUAA